AUGAACUUCGUCUAUUUUGGAAAACAAACAACAGUUUCGGAUCCCGUAUUUAACGCAUUCCAAACACAUCCCUGGCUCGGCCGACACUAUCCCGACCCGGGGGCUGUACGCGGUGUAAAUGUUUCAGUUCCAUUUACAUCCUCAAAUUACGUUAAGAUGCAAAUAUACGAAACAAAGAAUAAUAAAGAUAACAACAAAAAUUCUCCUGAAAUUAGGAGAACAGUCGCUAUUCAAGACAAAAAGGCCGUUGGGCUCGAGGGGGCAAUGAACUGGGACAAUUGGCCAUCCGUAGAGUUUGUAGUUACGGAUGCGUCGUUUAUACUGCGAUAUGAUGAGCGCUCGUUUAUGAAGAUGCUGUGA